AUGUCUUACAAUAUGUCAGAUAAGGAACUGGAGCUCAUCAAGCUUGCUAAUGCACUGGUAGAAGCGAAAACCACCUUGAAAAAGGAUAAGGCUGAGGUUCAUGCUACUAAUGUGAAGCCUUCUCCAAAUGGAAAGAAGAAGAAAAAGAGAUAUAAGGGUAAAGCCCUGAAACCCAAGGGUGGGAAGUCUAAUAAUAAGAAAGCUAAAGAUAAGUACUUCUAUUGUAAGAAGGAGGGUUACUGGAAAAGAAACUGUCACGCAUUCCUAGCCACUGUGAAAGACAAGAAGCCAGAUGAUACAGAGGUUACUAAAGAAGGAGUUCAAGGAAACAAGGAAACUGGAAAAAAAUGA